AUGUCGUCAACUCAGAUACGAAACUACGUGGCGGAACUUUCUAAUUUAAAGGAUCAAUUCAACACCCUUUCUAGCCAAUCUAGUGAGAAGCUUAAAAAGAUUAUUCAAACUGUCCAAUCUUAUCAAACGCGUAUGGAGCCGCUAAAUAAAAAUAUGGAACAACUUCAGAUUUUACAAAGAAAUUUAGAGGCCUGUCGAUUAAAGUUAAGUCAAGUGCAAGAGUAUCACCGCACCGGUCGUGAGUUGGAAAAUACUAUUAGACAAGGACCGACAGUUUUUACUGACAAAUUUUUAAAGGCUAUGGAACGUAUAAAGGAUGCGUUGGCUUAUUUUCAAGAGAAUAAUCCACAAGAUGUUGAAUUUAGUCGAUUGACAUCAUUGUAUUCAAUUGGUUUAGGAAGCUUGGAACGUGAAUUCGAUGGUUUAUUAAGACAAACUUUCCGUCCUAUAGAUGAUGCUACUUUAAUAAGAUUAAUGGAUCAAAAAGUCUCUGACAAAGAAUCAGGUGAUGGUUCAUUAACUGAAGAUACAGAACAAAUAGAGGAUAUUCCAAAUAAUAUGUUGAAUAGUUUACGUUUUCUUGCUAAAUGGAUGAGUGAAAAUCAAUCAUUUGUAAACAAACCACAAGGUAUAUCUCAAGGAUGUUUGACAAAAUACUGUGAAUGCCGUCGUGAACUUAUCCGUUUAAAUUUAGUAAGAGUACGUGAAUUAUUAAGAAAAGCUGAAAAUCCAUCAUCAUCAUCAUCUGGCACAAUAUCUAAACCAGGAUUUCUGCCGCCAAACGUACGUGGUCGCGCUAAACGCCUCCCUGGAUUCGUUUGGGAUAUAAAUGCUGUUCGACUGAUUAAUGAAGCAGAAACCGAUGAACUUGAUUCUGAACACUAUGCUAUCGCUCUAGGUGUUCUUGUCAAAUUAAUGCAAAAUGAAUGUAUUUUGUUGGAUCGUUUACAGUUGACUGCUAGUCCACAAGAUUCUCAAGUGUUAUUGUUCAAUAUAUUUAAAAACGGGUCAUCUGAUAUCCUAACUGAAGGAACAACACUAACUCGUUUAAUGCAUCGAGCUCAAGGACGGGCAGAAUUUCAUAUGGUUAUGUCAUUAUUAGUAGUACUUAAAAAGUUUUUCCAAAUUUCUGAUGAUCUUGUAUCUGUACUUCAGGGUGUUGAUAAUGUAUUAAUUGAUUUUAAUCAAUUAGUUCUUCGUUUAUUAAGUCAAAGUAAAAUAACGCUAGAAACUUAUGUACAAUUUUUACAACAAGUUACAGAAAAAUCUAGUUCAAAUAGUAAUAUUGUACCCGAAGAUGGAACAAUACAUGAACUUACAACUAAUGCAUUGAUGUAUUUAGAAAACUUGUUAGAAUUCGCUGAUAUUAUUGGCACUACUUUGUCAUUUACUGAAGCUGGUCCACAAGCUACCACUAACACACUUAAAUAUCUUACCACUAUUGGCCAAAAUCAUGCCCUUUUGGAAAAUAAAUUUGGGAAUUAUUUAUUUAAUGCUAUAUUCGCUCUUAUGACAAAUUUGGAACGUAAAUCAGAAGUUUAUUCUGAAGAGAUACGUCGAAUGAUUUUCCAAAUGAAUAAUAUUCAGUACAUAUUGAAAAGUAUUUAUAAGACAAAUAUUCACCGUUAUCUUUUAUCACAAGAUCGUGAAGCUGUUGCCAAAAUUACUAGUAUAUUGGAUGAACGUAAACUUUUUUAUACACGAUGUUGUGCUGAUAUACUACACCUACGACCAUUUCCUGAAAGUUGUGGAUCAAGUAGUAUUCGUCGACGUAGAGCCUCUCAAUUUGGAUCUGUAUUACUAGCUUCUGUAUUAUCACCAAAUCUAAACACUAAUCAUCAUAAACAUUCAAUCACUAACAAUGAGCAAUCUCAAGAUACUGUGGAUGAACAUCUAACCAAGAUAGAUCAAAAGGAGAGAUCUUUUUUAAAAUCUCUUUGGAAUGAUUUUAAUAAUGGACUGAAUACUUUAACUAAACAACAUCAUCUUAUUUCAAUACCUGAUCGAGAAUUGAAAAAUAGUUUAGAGCAUCAAUUAGUACGGGAUCUAGUCGCUUUAUAUCGUGGUUUCUGGGAAAAAUCAAUGUCUAUCGCAUUCACAACAAAUCGUGAUAAAUAUAUUAAAUUGUCCGUUGAAGAAUUUGAAAUUCGAAUACGACAUUUGUUUAAUGGAACAUCAACUAACAGUGCACGUCAAUAAAAAAAUACUUCCUUUUUUUAAAAUAAACGAAAUAGUGACCUUCAUACCGUUAUUAUCGUUGAUUUUGUUACUUUAGUUGUUUCUUUAUUUGAAAGAAAAAAGACUUAGUUCCUUCGCAAUGUUUUCU